AUGAAGUCAAAAUGGGCUUUACACACCAAGCUGGGUGACGUGCUAGCUCGCGGCUUCCAUGAGAGGGCGCCCGAGGUUGUACUUAGUUACCACACUUAUCGCGCCUUUGUUCGGUUGAGUUCUCUCCUGGUGAAAGUUUUGUUUACUUGCCCCAUGGUUGCCAGUGCAUUUGCUAAGAAACGACGCGGUUUCAUUACCACCCAUGUUCCCGGUCCUCCUACUUUACAUCUGCGGCGUGGAGUGCAGUCAGGUCCGCAGCUUUGCAUCGCGGUCCAACUCUCCACUUUAGAGUUACGCGUAGUUGGGGCCUAUUUCGCAUUGGAACCGGAAGCCGAAGGAGAGUUGGAUGAACAACCCCUCGGUCUAUAUCUCUUCACUACGGGUCCACCGGAUCAAGCCGAAGAGACCAUCACUUCAUUUUUGGAGGAGAAACGCUGCAGUAAACCCGGUGUUCGUCUUCAUGUUGCCUUGUACAACGGCGAUGGGGAGGAUCUUGUACCAAGGAAUCUGUUAUUGAGGCGGGAUUCAAAAAGCAACAAGACAGCGAACAUCUUGAGAACAAUUGCUCACAGCACUGGUGGAAGAUUUCACUGGAUCCAAGAGACGGGUAUAGUCGAAAGCGAUGACGUUCAGAUUCUGUUGAAUGAAAUAGACACAAUGGUGGAAUACUCCAAGCAAUGUCAAGAAUUGGUUGAAAGAGGUACCAUUGGCAACCAAUGGACGGCCACAAGAAUUGAUGAGUAUGAAAUGAAAGCUCUGGCAGCAAGGAAGACACCAACUUCUCCAUCGGACUCCAAGGAGAAUUCUGUACAAGGCUGCAGUCCACCGGUUCAGCAACAACGUACAAGUGGGGGGUCCAUUCGUUUUGGUGCUCAACGAUGCACUCAAAGCAUGGACAACAAUGUCAGACGAUACACAACACGUGGAAGCUACUACCGGACGGACCAGGUGGGAUCCGUAAUAUCCUCCAAAUCCAAUUCGCGAAAUUUUGGUCAAGUCGGUAAAAGCCUGACCAAAGUGUCAAAAAGACCAUUUUUAUCUUCUGUGAAAUGCAGCAUUCCUAAAGCGGAGGAAGCUAUGAGUACCAGAGAAUGGCUGAAAAAGUACAGCAUCCGUAAUUUGGGCCUCAGCUUGAAUCAACUUGUGUCUGGGGCGGCUCGUCUACAUCCGGUGGUGCAUGACAAUCGCUUGGGUGCACAAGUGGAAGCCCGCUACUGCGCUGGCCUUUUCCCUCUGGUCAACAUCGCUGGAAAUCUCCGUCAUCUUCAGUACACGUGGAGUGAGCUAGAAACGUUCAAGAACGAGCUCAGAAAAUGUCUAUUGCGAUACAUUUUACGUUUGGAGUGGCUUCUGUCUGGCUCUCGACGCUUCUUCGGCGUGGUUGUGGAACAGUGCGUAGUCAUAGUUAUCGACCUUUCUGGAUCAAUGGAGCCCAAUGUGAAUGAGAUGAAAACGUGCUUGAAGCAAUUGGUUUGGGAACAAUUGUUUAAGCAGCACGUUGCCUUCAAUCUAAUCGCCUUCAACUCUGAAAUACUGGAAUGGCAGUCGAGGGGCCCGAGAUUGGCUGAUGAGCCAACAUGCCACGAUGCGAUCGCGUGGAUCGACCAACUGGAAGCCAUUGGAAGCACUUCGACUGACGUGGCACUACAACGGGCAGCGCAGCAACUCAAAACAAUGUGUCCUCGGAAUACGUUGUUAGCUGAACAGCAUCUGCCUCUCUGGUUAACAAAGCCUGAGGAGGAGGAAAAUGAAGUCGAUACGAAGGGAGAUAAGCCGGUGGUGAAACGAGCAAUCUACUUAAUAACUGACGGGAAACCGGACAAGAGCUGCGCAUCCAUAUUGAAAUCAGUACAAGAGUGGUUGGAUUCGGACAAUGCCCCACCGCCUUCUCCCUGUCCUCGAACAUUCGAAACCAACAGUGGUGGGAAGAGAAAGCAACAGUUGAUGAAGUUACGAGGACUCAUACCAGUUCACGUCAUUUCACUCGCAUCGGGCCAAGAGUCCAAGAAGUUUUUGCGGAAACUUGCCCAAAUGACACAGGGACGAUAUCAUGAGGUUCUGAGCCAACCGGAACUUGGGCCCUUCAUCCAACAGCUGAAGUGCACAUGGGCGGCUCGAUGCCAAGACCAAGUAGACGAACAUGACCCAACUACCACCCUGGCAACUUCUCCCAAGGUGGAAAGUGAUAAUCUACAGCUACUUUUGAAAGAAAUGAGAGUUGCGGAAAGGAGUAUCAAAAAGUUGCAGUACUUCCAGCAAAUGUAUAAUGAACUAAGACGCACAACAGUACAAUGAAAGGAUUCAAUUCUGAUACUAUUUUCGUGUGAGGAACUCCCCGGUGGCAAAACUACUCCAUUCUAAUUGUGGAAGCACUGAGCCUUUACUGAAUACAAUCAUUUUGUACACUGAAGUCAGUUGAAUUUGCCGAUAUUAACCAAUUAAGCCGUG